CCUUUUUUUCUUAGCUCAGAGGAAUCCUUAGGGGGCAAAGAUUGGAAAGAAAGGUACCCUUCUCACCCCAAAAUUCAUGCUGCUCCUCCAAAUUCGAUAGCCCAAAAGGAUGCUGUUCUUAAAGAGGGGGCAGAGAGUAUAGAAGCUGAAAAACUGGGGAAGAGAAAAAGCCCCAGAAGGAGGCCAAAACAUGGAGACAGUAUGGGAAGGCAGAAGGAAGGGCAUAAUCUAAUGAUGCAAUGCGACUUGCUUCAGAGUAAGAAGCCUAAGGAUGCCCCAAGAAAAAACUGUAAGCCAGGAAAGGAAGUGAAAGUGAAAAUAUGUAAAUCCAGAUGGAGCACUCGGAAGCCAGAGGCCAAAUACAGCAGGAAAGACAACCACAACCUUGGGGAAAGUUGAUCCGGUUGGGGGCUGAAGAAGCAGAGCCUCAUGUCUUGCUGUUGAAGAAAGAGUGCACUAUUGGCAGGAAAAAAGGUUGCGACCUGUCCUUUCCUGGCAACAAACUGGUGUCUGGAGACCACUGUAAAAUAAUAGUGGAUGAAGAAUCUGGUCACGUGUUACUGGAGGAUACCAGCACUAAUGGAACAGUUAUUAACAAGCAGAAGGUGGUGAAGAAACAGUUUUGCCCUCUGCAGACUGGAGAUGUGAUCUAUGUUGUUUACAGGAAAAAUGAGCCAGAAAAUAAUGUUGCAUAUCUUUAUGAGUCCUUGAACCCAAAAGAGGACCCAGCUCAUGAGCCAGCAGGAGCCAGCGUUGAAAGCAUGUGCCAUGUGACCAAAGAUACCUCAAGUACUGGGCAAAGCGAUGACGGGACCUCACUGGCACCUCCGCCGUCCGUCCGUCAGCCUUGCUAUGAUGAACCAUCCACUUCAUCAAACCUCUUCAACACUGCUUCUACCUCGCUCGCCGAGUCCAUUGCCACUGAGCAGGGAGGUCCCGUGACAUCUGGUAAAGGGUCGCUGUCUUACGCCCGGACUCCUGCGCCUGAUUUGCCUGCCUUGGCAGCACGUGGCCCGGAAGCAUCACUGGAACACAAGCAGCCAAAUGGAAAUACUGAAGCUUCCAACAUUUCUUCAGGGGACCAAGAGAAAACGGCAUCUGCUGCACCUAAGCAGAAAGGCAGGGAUGGGGAGGCAGCCCUGGAGCCGCCUAAGAAGAAAAUAAAGGGAGAUGGUGAUGCCGGCUCACUCCUUCAGGGGAUUAGUCCAAAUGAACGUGCAAUUAAAACGGGCCCCGAAGACACUAAGCCAGCCAAUAUGAAGCCAGACAAGAUGGAAGAAACGCUCACCUGUAUCAUCUGCCAAGAACUGCUGCAUGACUGUGUCAGCUUGCAGCCCUGUAUGCACACCUUCUGUGCUGCCUGUUACUCAGGGUGGAUGGAACGCUCCUCUCUCUGUCCAACUUGCCGUUGUCCAGUGGAACGUAUCUGCAAAAACCAUAUCUUGAACAACUUGGUGGAAGCUUAUCUCAUCCAGCAUCCAGAUAAGUGCCGCAAUGAAGAAGAUGUGCAAAGCAUGGAUGCCCGGAAUAAAAUCACUCAAGACAUGCUUCAACCAAAGGUGCGAAGGUCUUUUUCAGACGAAGAAGGAAGUUCCGAAGAUUUGCUCGAACUGUCGGAUGUAGAUAGCGAAUCCUCUGAUAUUAGUCAGCCAUACGUCGUGUGCCGGCAGUGUCCAGGAUACCGUCUGCAGCCCGUUCUGCCUGCCGCUUCCCCAGCCCAGGAAGGCGAACCUGAAGCAGUGCAAGCGUUGGGGGAUGCACCUUCUACCUCUGCCAACUUUCCAGCAGCUGCCCAGGAGUAUGUGUGUCCCUCUCAGGGAAGUCACGUGAUAUGCACUUGCUGCUUCCAGCCAAUGCCAGACCGGAGAGCAGAGCGUGAACAGAAUCCGCACAUCGCUCCUCAACAAUGUGCCGUCUGCCUCCAACCCUUCUGCCACUUGUACUGGGGCUGCACUCGGGUGGCGUGUUUCGGCUGCUUGGCACCAUUCAGCGAAAUAAACCUAGGUGACAAGUGCUUAGAUGGAGUCCUGAAUGGCAAUAAUUAUGAAUCGGAUAUUCUGAAGGAUUACCUGGCAUCCAGGGGUCUGACAUGGAGAAACAUGUUAAGUGAAAGUCUGCUAGCUCUUCAGAGAGGAGUUUUUAUUUUACCAGAUUACCGAAUUACUGGAGAAACGGUGCUGUGUUACUGUUGCGGCCUCCGCAGCUUCCGAGAACUCGCCUAUCAAUAUAGGCAAAACAUUCCCAUGGCUGAAUUGCCAGUGGCUGUCACAUCCCGUCCUGAUUGCUACUGGGGGCGCAACUGCCGGACUCAGGUGAAAGCCCACCAUGCAAUGAAGUUCAAUCACAUUUGUGAACAAACACGAUUCAAAAACUGAAGGUGCUUUGGGCAUUUAACUGGUCUGAAUUCUUGCAAACUGUAAGAAGGCAGGGGAAAAUUAAACCUGAAAUGCUGGCUCUACAGUAAUUCUUUCAUGGUUCCCUCAUAGCAUGGAGCCAGUAACUCUUUACGUCAGGUACCCUGAUGUGAUAUGUUUAGUCUGUAAAGUUUUGCAGCUUCGGAGCAGGGCAGAACUUCUCCUCUCUGUUCUCUAAUUCUCUCUCAAGAAGAACAAGCAAUUAAUUCAUGUUUAAUCUGCCCCAUUGCAUUGUGUUUUUGACUUAUGACAUCUUCAGUUGACGGAAAGGUACUAGCAGCAUUGCGUAAAUAGGAAGAUUUACCCCGUGUGGUAGAAACUGGGCAAUUUCGUCUUUUAACAUCAGCACAUAGCUAUUGCUUCCGGAGCGAACUGUGAAGUAGACCUGGUUCCAAAGGGUGGCAAGAUGCAAGAAUUGCUGGGUGAGUUAGUCUCCUAGCCUGUCCAUACACUCCACCCACCUGGUGCAAUGCAGGACCCUAUAUUUCUCUGUGUCUUCCCGAGGGGAUUGGUUGCAUGACCCUAGUCCCUUGCCAGUCAAUGUGUCCAUCAAAAGGUAAUUGCCGGUUUCAUCCUCAGCUAUCCUCUUUCUGCAUUCUCCUGAUGGACUGAUAAAAUACUCAGUCCGUGCAAUCAAGAUGUACCUCUUUUAUUGGCAGUGGGAUAACUCGGGGCGACCCUCCUCUUCAGUCAGAGCCUUCUGCUGCUUCAGAACCCUCGGCUCCUGCUUUGUUCUUUAUCCAUUAGAUAUGUUUACUUCUGAGACUCAGGACAAAGGGCAAAAGCAAAACUGUCCACCUUCUUUUGAUGUCUGUCAUGCUCAGUGCAAUUCCCGUGCUAAUCUUUUUAAGAGCGCUGCUCCACUGUCCUCCUGGCCAUUCUUGAUGAAAAAAAUGUGUUAAUGGAACGCAUAUUUUACAAAGUCAGUAGGGGAGAAGUUGUCAUAAUUUAGAGAAGCACCACAAUUUAUUAACAAUGGUUUUCCCUUAUUCAUCAUCCAGUAACACUAGAAAUCACCCCCUUUUUCCAUCGGCUUCUCUAAACAAUAAUGCAAUCCCAAGAUUGUGUCAUAUGGAAUGGCUACAAUCCAAUCAAAGCCAAGCACUUUGACAGGUUGUAUCUGCUCAUAUUUGAACAUUAAUGAUUUUCUUAUUAAAGGAAGUUGAGGGGUGGGGGAUACAGGUUGUAUCUGCUCCUUUGUUUAGCAUAUUGGUUAACUGGGACAAAAUCAUAUUUUUUUUACCAAGUUUUUGUAAGCUGUCCAUUUGACUAUAGAAUGAGAUGACACUAAUAACAGCACAAAUAAUUUGCUAAAUGGGAAAUUACCUUUGAUGUUACCUGUGCAUUGAACACAUUUCUGGGUUAUUAGUCAAUGUGCAGAUUGUAAAAUAAAAGACCAAGGCAGCCUUGAAGGGAGGGGUGUACACUAUGUUGCCGCCUACCUCUGAAAUAUUGUUGCUACAUUAGCAUUAGCACUGUUCAGCAAUACACAGAAUACAGUUUACAGCACAGAUUACACAAAAACACCACACGCAAACCUUGCCGGUAUCUCGUCUUCCUUUGUAAUCGUGGGCAUCAUACAGCCCACAAAGCAGGCGUCUGACUCUCUCCUCAUAAAAGCCAGGUGUUUAACAGGAUUGGGUAUGAUCCAGCCAAAGUUACUGAUUCAGCCUAAUUACUCUUUUGGAUAUUGACCCUGGAGAGCAUUCCUGUACCUCGAGGUGGCAAAGUGGGAACCAGCCCAAACAGGGAACCAGCAGACUAGUCUGGGAUGCCAGUUUCAUUGUGCUUUAGGGAUGGGGUUGAAGGACCGGUCACUUUAAGCUUACAAACGUGAUUCUUCUACUCCUGGCUUUAAACAUGCAGUGCUUCCAAAGUGUGAUUGUGUGACCUGUUUACUGGCUGCAUCCAAACCGAAAUAGGCUCUGGUGAGCCAAAUAAAAGUUGAUUUCAGAAAAGGAAUAAGCAGAUGCACUCUCACUGUCUUCCUAGAUCUUUGGAGUGCAUCUAAAUCUUGAUGCAACCCACAGCCAAGUGCUUUGGACUGCAGCUGAAAUGGUCUCAUCAGAGUCAGCCUGGCCUCAUAACCUGGGAAUUAAUUUUAUGCUUCAUAGCUAUCUGUGGCAUAGGGCUCUUCCCCAAAUCUGGCCUUCCCCCUAGUGGAAUAGAGAAAGCAGGUGGAAGAAAUACAAAGGACAGGUCAGCCUGCUUUAAAUUGGCCUCGGACACCGGUGCUGACCUUCCAGCUAUACUGCAAUUCCACCACCCCUUCCUAUUUCUUGCAUUCAAACCUGGGAAGCAGCCACGGGAGAGCAACUUCCAUGCCAAUGUCGGUAAACAGGAAUCAGUCACCCAAGCUGGAUGCCAGGCUGUACUCUUCAAAAUACAUGGUACAGUCAUUUCCUGAAAGAAUGUUGCCCGUGCAUUGGACAGGCUGGAAAGGCCAAAGGGUAACCCACUAUGUGAGAGGAAAGCUGCUGCUGGAUUUCCUGCUAUCGGGGUGGGGAUGCAAGGACAGGUCAGGCAUCCUGAGAACCGGGCAAUGCUUUUAGCAGGCUGCAGGUGUGCUGUGACGACCUAGCUCAACCUCGGGCAGUCUCUUGACAUUACACUUGAAUAAGCAUGGCUGCUAAAGGGCUGCACAUCUGGCCACUGCAUUCAAACAUGGCUGGAAAUGUCAUUGCAUAGCUUUGGUCUCCCAGAAAACAUUUGCUUAGCACAGCUCUCACCAAAACAGGCUCCCAAGCGAAUAUUGGUAACUUGCGCCUUAUCUAAGCCUUACACAGGUCGAUGAUGGAUUGGAAAGUAUAUGUUAUAGUGUACAGCUAUACAACUAUGGCCCGGGGUACCAUUUCAGCUACGUGGUAGAGUGGAAGUCAGUCUUGAACAUCUUGGUUCCAAAGUAAAAGUAAGGGCACAAUCUCAGCUGGAAUGCUAGUCCUGACUCGGACCACUUUAAGCUUAAAAUUGAUGACUUCUAUGUCUGAAUGUUUUCCUCAUAUCAAAUGCUAACAAAUGACGGUAAAGUUUAGCCUAGUCUUCCAAAAAUGUAAGGGAUGGUAUAUGCGACCCUCUACCUGCUUCCCAAAGUGGUACACUCCAGGAAAGUCUUUACCAGUUUAUUCUGGUCAUGUCCACUGACCCUUAAGCCCCAUUGAAAGCAAUGGUGGGCCGUUGCACUCAAGCCACCCAGAACCCUGUGCUAAACCCAUUAUUCUGUAGUAACAAGAUUAGUUGAAACAGCAAGGUAGUUACUGACAUUUGAGAUGUGAACAUGUGCUAUGAAGGACAAAGGGGGAGGGAGUGCGUUAAACUUCCAUCUGUUUAUCUGUUUUGGGUCUAGCUUUAAAAGCCUGUUCUGCUCUACUAAAUAAAUAUUAUGGACUUG